AUGGUCAAUUCGAGUCCUAAUCUCAGUGGAUCCCAAUUCUUCAUCACCUUUGGACCUACACCCUAUCUCGACAACAAAUGCACGACCUUUGGACGAGUCAGCCAGCACCAUCUCAAAUUGACUCAAAAUUUGCCGCUCCUGCAGGCCAAAAGACAACGUCAAUACUCAUAUCCUGAGUCGUCUGGGUCAGACGCAACAUGCGCGGAGGCGAAUUCCCCAUUCCAACCCCGCUCGUGGGCUGUUCCUUCCCUUGCCAGGACGCACCCUUCGUCAAAAUACACGAGCCGCCUUCUUUCCAUGGGUUAUUUUCGAAUUGAAUUGGACGUUCAAGCUUUAGCGUCCACACAAAUGCCAAAGGACAACAACGAGUGGUCCAUGGUCAUCCUCAUUAAAUUCUCCGACGAAGAUGCCGUGGAUCAUAAUGGAACACCUGCGAGGAAGCGCAUUUCUGGGUGCCCCCGGCUCCGAGAUGCCAAAUCGCUGCCACAUCGGAAUGCAACCUUCAAAUUCGAAGGCUUGAUCAUCAAGAAGAUCGCGUCAAAACUCGACAGGACAAACGCCCCGAAUGGACCGCAAAUCGCCGACGUACAUAAAUAUAGCCACCACAUAAGGAACCCAAUUCUAUCCCCGCUCAGGACCAACGCCAAUAUGUCCUCCGCAACCAUUGCCGCAGCUGGUCAACCCGUUUCAUCCAACCCACCGAGCGUUUUCAUCUUCAACGUUGGUCGGAGCAGCCCGAGGCAGCUCAACGAUGGUCCAGUAGGCGACACAAGUCUCUUGCAGUCCUUCAUCAACGCGUUGCAGAGCAUCAAGGCUAAGGGCUACGUCGUUCAAGGGGCAAUGUACGGUCCAGAGGGAGCGAAUAUCUUCAUUGAUACCGACGAUGAGGAUUGGGAUGCCCAGAUCAGCAUUCAUUGA